CGCAACAACGACAACGACGACAAAUCGCCAACAUGCGGAUCGUGGAGGUUAUAAUUGAUGGUUUUAAGAGUUAUGCUGUACGGACAGUUAUCUCUGGGUGGGAUGAUUCGUUCAACUCGAUAACGGGUCUCAAUGGCUCAGGCAAGAGUAACAUUCUCGACGCCAUUGUAUUUUGUUUGGGAAUCACUGCGAUGAACGUAGUUCGUGCGCAAAACCUACAAGAUCUCAUCUACAAACGUGGCCAAGCCGGAGUUACCAAGGCCAGCGUAACGAUUGUCUUCGACAAUCGCGACAAGAAGAAAUCUCCCAUCGGUUUUGAAGAGUAUGCACAGAUCAGUGUUACUCGGCAGAUUGUACUGGGAGGUACAACGAAGUACCUGAUCAAUGGACACCGAGCACAGCAACAGACGGUCCAGAAUCUGUUCCAUUCAGUGCAGUUGAAUAUCAACAAUCCGAAUUUCUUGAUUAUGCAGGGGCGGAUUACAAAGGUGUUGAAUAUGAAAGCUGUGGAGAUACUGGCUAUGAUUGAGGAGGCGGCUGGGACCAGAAUGUUUGAGGACCGAAGAGAUAAAGCUUUCAAGACGAUGGCAAAGAAGGAGAUGAAGGUCCAAGAGAUCACCGAGCUGCUGAAGGACGAGAUUGAGCCGAAGUUGGAGAAGUUACGGACGGAGAAGAGAGCUUUCUUGGACUUCCAACAGACCCAAAAUGAUCUCGAGAGACUGACAAGAGUCGUGGUUGCCCAUGACUAUGUCAAGAACCAAGAGAAGCUCAAGCAGUCUGCAGGCGAUUUGGAGCUGAAGAAGCAGCGGGCGAAGGAUCUUGAGGAUAACGCUGUGCGAUUAAAAAACGAAAUCGAGCAUCUUGUGGAAGACGUGAAGCGGGUCAAGGCUCAACGAGAGAAGGAGUUGAAGAAGGGAGGCAGAGCGCAAGCCCUCGAGGAGGAAGUAAAGAAACACUCGAACGAGCUUGUCCGACUAUCGACUGUGAUGGAUCUUAAGAAGUCCAGUAUGACCGAAGAGAAGGAACGAAAGUCGACCAUUCACAAGACUGUUUCAGAACUCGAGACUUUAUUGAAGCAAAAGACGAAAGUCUACGAGAAGAUCCAGGCACAAUAUGACAAGGCGAAGGAGGAAUUGGAAAAACUAAACGAGGAGGCUGAAACCAAGGAAGAACUACUCCAAACGUUGCAAACCGGUGUUGCUUCGAAAGAGGGCCAGGAAAGCGGCUACCAAGGGCAGCUCCAAGACGCACGAAAUCGAGCCAGCGCUGCCUCGACUGAGCAAGAACAAGCGAAGCUCAAGAUGACCCAUCUUGAGAAACGAAUCAAGGAAGAGGAGCCACGUGCGAAGAAAGCGAAGGAGCAAAAUGCUGGUCUUCUCAAUGAUCUCGAGGGACUUCGAUCACAGGCGCAAAAACUUGAAAAGGAGUUGGGUAAACUUGGUUUUGAGCUGGGCAAAGAGGACGAUAUGUACAAGCAGGAAUCCAGCCUUCAACAGACGAUUCGAAAACUCCGCGAGCAGUCCGAUGGAAUGAAGCGAAAAGUAGCCAAUAUCGACUUUAACUAUUCUGAUCCUACGCCCAAGUUUGAUCGGUCCAAGGUGAAAGGACUGGUCGCCCAGCUCUUCACCCUGGACAAAGAUCGCACAGAUGCCGGAACAGCGUUGGAGAUUUGCGCUGGAGGCCGAUUGUACAACGUGGUUGUCGACACAGAAGUCACCGGCACCCAAUUACUUCAGAAUGGCAAGCUUAGGAAGCGGGUCACAAUCAUUCCCUUGAACAAGAUUGCCGCAUUCCGAGCAGCCGCUGAGAAGAUCGGAGCUGCUCAAAAAAUUGCACCUGGAAAGGUCGACCUUGCCUUGUCAUUAAUUGGCUACGAUGAAGAGGUGUCUACUGCCAUGGACUACGUGUUCGGAAAUACCUUAAUCUGUGCUGACGCUGCAACUGCUAAGAGGGUGACGUUUGACCCUGCUGUUCGGAUGAAGAGCAUCACUCUGGAAGGUGACUCGUACGACCCAUCCGGAACUCUGUCUGGAGGUAGUUCGCCGAACUCAAGUGGAGUCUUGGUCACCCUGCAAAAGCUCAAUGAGCUUACCAAGGAGUUGGGAGUGCAAGAAAAAGCAUUGGCAAAUCUCCAAUCCACAAUAGCGCGGGAAAAGAAGAAGCUUGAUCAGGCCAAGAAAAUCAAGCAAGAGUUGGACCUCAAAUCCCACGAGAUCAAGCUUACCGAAGAGCAGAUCAGCGGCAACUCAUCUUCUUCCAUCAUUCAAGAGGUUGAGAACAUGAAGGCGUCUGUCAUUCAACUGAAGACCGAUCUUGCAGAGGCAAAGAAACGACAAGAUGAGGCCAACAAGGAUGUCAAACGUAUUGAGAAAGAUAUGAAAGACUUCGACAAUAACAAGGAUGGUAAGCUUGUUGAGUUGCAGAGUUCUCUUGACAGCCUAAGAAAGGCCCUUACGAAGAACUCGGCUUCAGUUAAAGUCCUUCAAAAAGAGCUUCAAGGGGCUCGGUUGGAUUCCGAGCAAGUUGGGGGUGAUCUUGCUGCUGCUCAAGAGCAACUUCAAGAGGUCGAACAGACACUGAAGGCACAGGCUGAGGAAAUCGCUGAAUUGGUGUCUGAGCAAGCCCAACUGAAGGACACGCUUGAUAUUGCACAAGCUCAUCUUGAUGAUGAACGAGCAAAGUUGACUGGCUAUGAUGACGAGCUUCGCUCAUUGGAGGAUGCCUCACGAUCAAAGUCGGCUCGAAUCACGGAAGAAAGUCUCGAGAUGCAGAAACUUGGCCAUCAAAUCGAAAAGUUCCACAAGGAGCAACAAGCGGCUGUUCAGACCGUUGCUCACAUGGAAAAGGAGCACGAAUGGAUUGCAGAUGAGAAGGACAACUUUGGCCGGACUGGCACGCCAUACGACUUCAAAGGUCAGAACAUCGCCGAAUGCAAAGCAUCACUGAGAAACUUGACGGAACGGUUCCAGGGGAUGAAGAAGAAGAUCAACCCGAAAGUCAUGAAUAUGAUCGACAGUGUUGAGAAGAAAGAAGUCGCACUGAAGAACAUGAUGAAGACAGUUAUCAGGGAUAAGAAGAAGAUCGAGGAGACAAUCGUUACCCUGGAUGAAUACAAGAAGAAGGCUCUCCAUGAGACUUGGGUUGAAGUCAACCGGAAUUUUGGGGAGAUAUUCGCAGAGUUGCUUCCUGGCAGUUUUGCCAAGCUUGAUCCCCCUGAGGGCAAAACAAUCAAUGAAGGGUUGGAGGUCAAAGUUUCGCUAGGCAAAGUAUGGAAGCAGAGCUUGACCGAGCUUUCCGGUGGACAGCGCUCACUCAUCGCGAUAUCACUCAUCAUGUCUCUGCUACAAUUCAAACCGGCUCCAAUGUAUAUUCUCGAUGAGGUUGACGCGGCCCUGGAUCUUUCCCAUACACAGAACAUCGGCCGAUUGAUCAAAACAAGGUUCAAGGGCAGCCAGUUUAUCGUCGUUAGUCUGAAGGAUGGGAUGUUCGUGAAUGCGAAUCGAAUCUUUAGGACAAGAUUCUCGGAAGGCACAUCGAUGGUGCAGGCAUUGACGGCGGCGGAUUUCAAGUAGGUCAUGCGUCUGGUUUGGUGUUCGGCAGCAUGUCAAAACUAGGAGUCAAUGUUUGCGUCGCAUAUUGGAAUUUGGAGUUUGGGUAAUGGAGGUUUGUGGUUCCGGUAUCGCUUCGGGCGGUUAAUGAUUGUACGAACACGAACAUGAAUGGACAGAUGAAUAGGGGAAGAAGUUUAAACAUUGCACG